UGUGGUCUCUGACAGAUUACACCUGGACACACACUGGAGGGUUAAUCUAACUAUGAGAUGGAAAUAUCCAACUAGCUUUAUGUACAUUACAAUCCCCAAUAAUACAUUCAGGUUAAAAAGAUCACUAUUUUAAACCCUGAUUCUCAGAAAUCUAAUGGCAGGAGACAUUUAUUUAUUUAUGUAAUCUUGAUCAAAGACAAUACAAAAUGGCUACCAUAGGCAGCAAAAAAAAAAAGACAAAUGGUACUUUCUACCAGUGAGUACCAUUACAAAACAAGCACUGGUCAUGCAGAUCUGGCAAACCUUUUCUCAGAUAAUCCAUUCUACCACAAAACACUAUCCUGAAAUCCCCACUUCUCUGUAUCCCUCUUUUAUCCUGUAAUUCUCUCCCAUUAUAUUUCCCAUCUUUUCCCCAGCUUUAUUUUCCAUUAACAACCUACCUUUUUUCACAAUUAACAUCCAAUAAGUAAUGUUAGUUUUCUAAGUAUCCAUGCACCUCCUCCUUAGGAGAUCAUGGUGCCAUUUAGUUUAUGCUGAGUGACAUAUAGCCACUAGGACCGUGCUGUCUGUCUGUUAGCCAAUAACAUACAACCACUGUCUACUUUAUUUACAUCAAACUCAAACCUUUAGCAGUUAGAAGUUAAGGCUUAACAUAUUUUGGGGAAUCCCAUGUUGUCUUAUUUCUCCCAAAGGUGUUAGGAAGAAAUGAAUGAGUGAACAACCAGCCUCUGGUUAUUUAAAUAUGGAAGACAAAUGUAUUUUUACAUCUGUUACUUUUAACCUCAAGCAAACUCUUCUACAUUGUGGUUAAAUCUUACUAUUAAAGAGAGUCUAAUCCUUAGGGCAACAUAACCAGUGGCCAUCCUCUUUUAUGUAUUUAAAACCUGCUUCCAUGGUGCUAGGCAUGUUUUGGCCCACUGAGGCCUUGUAGCUUUCAGCAAAGCCACGUGUGGAGUAGGCUAGAGUGUAUGCAGUGCACUGUCUGCACCCACUGGGAGGGCCGAUCUUUCCUUUGGAGGCCGAGUCUCUAUGGUUAGAAGAACCCUGGGAUUCGUGGCAGUUGGGAAAGUAGCCAUUAAUCUGCUCCUGGCCCUUCUCCCUUGCGCUGAAUAUGGCUUGUCCUUCUGCAGACCAGGGAAAAUGCAGUUCCUGGAAGGAGGAGACUAGCAGCACCAAGUUCACCACCUCCCAGAACAUACCUUGGCUGUGGAGUGCAGUUGCCUAUACUUCCUGGAGAACGGGUAUCGACAGCAAAUCCAUCAGCAACCUGGAGGAAAUGGGAAUGGAGGGCUCUAGGUCUUGCAUAUACCCCCACCCCAAGCUCUGGUCUCGACUCUGGACAGUUGCUUGCCCCACUUCCUGGAGUUCUCGGGGAAACAGCAGCGGCAGCCCUGCACCCCCACUUUUGUGCAAGGCCUCAGGCGGCUACAGGGCCAUGGAUGCAGUGGCCUCCCUGAACAGCAGUCCACUCUCUCUGUGCAAACAUCGGCGCUGCCUGUCAGCAGCAGCUGCAACCAAAAAAGCGGCCCCUCCUCCACCUCCACCAGAGGAAGAGUAUAGCUGUGAGUAUGGGUCAACGACUUACCUCAUACUGUGCUCCCUGGGUGGCGUGGUGAGUUGUGGCGCAACCCACACAGCAGUAUGCCCGCUGGACGUGGUGAAGUGCCGCAUGCAAGUGGAACCUACGCGCUAUCGGGGACUUUUUCAGGGGCUUAGUCUCACUGUGCAAGAGGAGGGAAUGCGUGGUCUGGUCAAGGGGUGGGCUCCAACAGCCAUAGGCUACUCCAUGCAAGGACUUGCUAAGUUUGGCCUCUACGAGUACUUCAAGAUAUAUUACUCUGAUUUGUUGGGUCCCGAACAAGCUUAUCUGUGGCGUACCAGCGUUUACCUCGCUGCUUCAGCCAGUGCUGAGUUCUUUGCUGACAUUGCUUUGUCCCCAAUGGAAGCUGCCAAGGUACGAAUUCAGACCCAGCAUGGCUUUGCCAACACACUGCGGGAGGCAGCUCCCAAGAUGUACAUUGAAGAAGGGCUGUGGGCUUUCUACAAGGGGGUGGCUCCACUCUGGAUGCGGCAGAUCCCUUACACCAUGAUGAAGUUUUCCUGCUUUGAAAGAACUGUAGAGGCUCUCUACAAAUACGUCAUGCCCAAACCACGGGAUCAGUGCACCAAAAUGGAACAACUUGGAGUCACAUUUGUUGGUGGAUAUAUUGCUGGAGUCUUUUGUGCUAUAGUCUCACACCCAGCUGAUUCUGUGAUAUCUGUGCUCAAUAAAGAAAAGGGCAGCACUGCUGUAGGCGUCCUCAAGAAAUUGGGCAUGAAAGGCAUCUGGAAAGGGCUAUUUACCCGCAUCUUAAUGAUUGGCACCCUCACUGCCCUGCAGUGGUUCAUCUAUGACUCAGUUAAGGUUUAUCUCAAGCUACCCCGGCCCCCACCACCUGAGAUGCCUGCCUCUUUGAAAAAGAAACUCUCUGAAAAAUAGAUCCACACUGUGAGGCUAUACUGCUAUGUUUCAAGGGUGUCAUAUGUCUUCGUUCUAUAGGAAUUUCUACUCUACUAAUAUGUGGUUAUGAGUAGACUGUAGAAAUCCAUCACACACUUAUUCUGAAUCUAAAACUAAGCUGCACAGUGCUUCAACAACGUAUUAAGUAAGCUACUUAAAAUAACUACUUACUGCAUGCAACACAUGAUUUUGCAUAAUAUUUUCCCAUAUUUUAUUUUGCUAUUAAUUGCGUUCAAAAUUACAUAUUGCAUAAUUUGGUAUAUAGUUUUUAUAGGCUGUUAAAUAUUUUAAGGUUAACAUAACCAGCUAAUAGCAACUGCUAGAUGAGCUGAUUGUUUUAAUACUGUUGUCAUGCUCUGAAGAUUAUUGUCAUUUGUCAAGUUGUUAGUAUUCACUAUCAGAUGGCACCCUGAUUAUAAUGUAGCACAUUGUAGAUCCCCAUGUACAUGUUGUUUGAGACAGCAUCAAACAUACAUACUUUAAAAAGUAGUACUCAAAAAGUUAGUGAGGUUGUUUUAGAGAAUACUUUUGAAGAUCAUAGAUUUUGGUGAGAGAGCCUGUUUAUGCAUGCAGAAGGGCAGGGCAUUUUAUUUGAUAGGCCUUGCCCUAUGCCUCACCACAAACCUCAUUGAGAGUAUCCUGGGCUUAAAAAAUGAUGAGCAUCACACAUGUUGGUAGUAUUAUAUUGAUUCAGAUACCACAGUAUGGAAAGGAAGUCCUCUAUGCUUGGGACGACUUGGCUGAAAGUUGAAUUUAUAUGUUCCUUUAAUCCGUAUGUUGCACUUUCCCUAAUAUGUAUAGUUCAUUGUCCUGCAAUUUCAUGUGGACACUUAGUGUUCACAUACUAAAUAAAGUUAUUGUAGUUAUUGAGAAAAUAAAAGGCCUUCUUUGGGACAGUGUUUGC